AUGGUUCUAAAAAAGAAAAAAAAAGUUUAUACAGUGGAACAACAUCUCACCCGAGCUUUGUUCAAGGGACAGAAUUACUCCGCACCCCUCGAUUUCUCUAAACACUCUGAUGAUGAAAGACAUCUUCAACAACAGAAUCAAGAUGGAGAAUUGACACAUGAAAAGAUCAACAGACAUGAUUCUCUCUGUGAUGAAGCAGAAGCAGAAGCAGAAGAAGAAGAAGAAGAAGAAGAAGAAGAAGAAGGACAUCAACCCAUUAUUCUUCAAGACAACGACCAUCAUACCGACUGCGACGAUAACAAGGAGCUUGAACCAGAAUUGGCCUCACGCUCUCACUCUCGUUCUUCUUCUCUAUCCUCCUCUUGUUCUAUGACCACCCCCAAUCAUCAUCGUCAUCAUCACCGUCGUUCUCCAAUGGUCAUCCCUCCUCCAAAGGUAGAGGACGAACGAUCGCUUGUGAUCUUGUCUGUGGGAUGUGGAAACACUCAAUGGGCCACAGAGAUGGCCCUGGCUCAUCCCCAAUCUGCAGUCCAUGCCAUCAAUGUCAGUCAGAUCCCCUCAUUGCCAGCCGUUCCAGAGACAACACCAAGUUUUGAUCUUGAAAACUUAUUCUUUUAUAACCUGGAUGAGAAUUCUCUUCAGAUCCCGUUCGUGUCCAACUCUGUGGAUUAUAUCCAUGUCCGUCGAUUCCUACCCAAUAUCAGCAAGACCAAAUACCUGACCUUCUUGAGAGAAUUGGUCAGGGUCUUGAAAGUGGAUGGGUAUUUGGAGCUGGUCGAGUUGGACUCGAGGCUGAGGGAUUCGGGUGUGGAUAGCUGCUGGCCAAGCUAUUGGACCCUGAUUGGGUUUGAUAAACUGGGGAUCGAUACCUCCUUGGCCCUGAACCUGGGAGGGAUCCUGAGGACGAUGCCGGGGAUGGAAGUAACGCACAAGUCCAGUGUGAACAUGCCCGUGGGUCUUCAUGGAGGACGAGUCGGUUUGGCUUCAGAGCUGUUGUGGUGGCGUUGUGCAUUGAACGUUCGCCCCUGGUUAAUGCGACAGGCCAUGUUGUCGGGAUCUGAAUUCGAUGAGAUGUUGGAACGUGCUCGACAGGAGAUGAGGACCUUGAAGAGUUAUCAGGUCUAUCAUGUUGCUGUUGGUCGUAAGACUGCCGGUACUGCUGCUGCUGCUGCUGCUGGUGGUAGAACUACUACAACUUGUGCUACCCCCGUUACAUCUGCUACUACUACAAUCCCUCAUCCAUCCAUGAUGGUCUCUUCUGCCUCUGCACCCGUAUCCUCCUCGAAGGGCCUUGUCUUUUAA